AUGCAACAAAACACGUCUUUAUAUGACUCUUUGAACGUUACCGCCACUGCAUCGACAUCUGAAAUUAAGAAAGCUUACAGGAACGCUGCAUUGAAAUAUCAUCCUGAUAAAAACAAUCAUACAGAAGAAUCUAAGCGAAAAUUCCAAGAGAUAUGUCAGGCAUAUGAAAUACUUAAAGACAAUCACUUAAGAGCUUUGUAUGAUCAGUAUGGUACUACAGAUGAAGUUCUAAUUCAAGAACAGCAGGCUCAGGCGCAACGCCAACAAGCCGGAGUAUUCAGUCCAUCUGCAGGUUUCGAUGCUGAAGCAAUGUCCUUCCCGGAUUUAUCUCCAGGUGACCUCUUCGCGCAGUUUUUUAAUAGUUCUGCUACCUCAUCUUCUAAUAGCUCCAAAAAUAGUUUUAAUUUUAGCUUUAAUAAUAGCUCUACGCCGAAUUUCUCAUUUGGUAAUGGCAGUGGCGUGAACAAUCUAUAUUCUCCGUCAUCAAAAUACAACUCCAACGAUGAAAGUCAUCAUUUGGAUAGAGGUCCUGACAUCAAACAUAAUCUAAAGUGCACUUUGAAGGAACUCUACCUGGGCAAGACUGCGAAGUUGGGUUUGAACAGGACAAGAAUUUGCAACGUCUGUGAUGGGCAUGGAGGUCUAAAGAAAUAUACAUGCAAAACAUGUAAAGGACAAGGUAUUCAAACUCAAACUAGGCGUAUGGGGCCUUUAGUACAAAGUUGGUCUCAAACUUGUGCAGAUUGCGGGGGCGCCGGGGUUUUUGUCAAAAAUAAAGAUAUCUGCCAGCAGUGCCAGGGUCUUGGCUUCAUUAAGCAGAGAAAGAUUCUGCAGGUAACCGUCCAACCGGGAUCGUCUCAUAAUCAACUUAUAGUACUUACGGGCGAAGGUGACGAAGUUAUCAGUACUAAAGGAGGCGGUCAUGAAAAGGUAGUACCUGGGGAUGUCGUUAUUACCAUUUUAAGGCUAAAAGACCCUAAAUUCCAGGUUAUUGACGACUCUAAUUUGAUAUGUAAAAAAUGCAAAAUCGACUUCAUGACUAGUUUAUGUGGAGGCAUUGUUUAUAUUGAAGGGCAUCCUAGUGGUAAAUUGAUCAAGCUCGAUAUCAUACCUGGCGAGGUACUGAAGCCUGGUUGUUUCAAGGCCGUUGAGGACAUGGGUAUGCCCAAGUUUAUUAAUGGAGUGCCAAGCGGCUUCGGUAAUCUGUACGUAAAAUUUGAUGUGACCUAUCCAGAGAGACUGGAACCUGAAAAUGCUAAGAAACUACAAAAUAUUCUGGCUAAUGAUAAAUACAUUAAAGCAGAACGUUCAACCAUGGAAACCACGGAUGCAGACUGCUACUGCGACUUGGAAAAGUCUUACGACAAUGUGGAAGAACACGUUCUAAGUAAUUUUGAGGCCCCUGAUCUAAACAAUGAAGUUAUCGAAAACGACGACCUUGAUGAUUUGAUUCACGAAAGAGAUUCUCGGAAGAGGAACAACCGUCGAUUCGGCGAAAGUAAUAAUAAUAAUAAUAAUAAUGAAACGAAACGAAAUAAAUAUUCUUCACCGGCAAGCGGUUUUUAUGACCAUGAUAUUAAUGGAUACUGA